UCUCGCUCUCACUUCUGUGUUGACAGACACUUGAAAGUUUGACAAACUUAACAGCCACGCGGUAACCACAGUGCAAUAGGAGACAAACAGACAUAUCAAGACAGAAGAAGAGGAGACGUGCACCGUGACCAAGACACUGACCCCCUCAAUUCCUCUUUCCUUUGCCAGACCGAGUUGCUGGUUGCCGCAGGACAGAAGGGGACAAAUCACCACCUGCUUCCCCUGCAGCUGUGCCUGAGAACAAGGCGGAACAUUCAACCACACACAGCUAGAACUGUUGAGAGCCUGGAUCUCUGGAUUGGCAGUGUUUGUGCAUCUUCACUGGCUAUCUGGAGAAGAUUUGGGCCCAUCUCUGUCAGGUGCCUCAAGGUGAGAUCAGCAUAGUGUGAGUGCAAGCCCUGAAAGGGUCAUAGGUUGGGGUCAGUGGAAAUGGCCAUGGCGACACAGGGGCUGGCGGCCCGGCUCUUGGUGCUGUUGGGCGUGGUUGCUGUGGCUCAUGCCUCCAUCUUUCUGUCCAGUCAGAGGCUGAAACCUCGAUUCCAGCGAGACCGUCGUAACAUCCGCCCCAAUAUCAUCCUCAUCCUCACCGAUGACCAGGACAUUGAACUGGGCUCCAUGCAGGUCAUGAAUAAGACACGGCGGAUCAUGGAACAGGGUGGAACGCACUUCUCCAAUGCAUUUGUCACCACACCAAUGUGCUGUCCAUCACGCUCUUCCAUGCUGACGGGGAAGUACGCCCACAACCACAACACCUACACCAACAACGAGAACUGCUCCUCACCCUCCUGGCAGGCCCAACAUGAGCCCCGCACCUUUGGAGUUUACCUCAAUAACACUGGCUACAGGACAGCAUUCUUUGGGAAGUAUCUGAACGAGUAUAACGGUACAUACAUUCCUCCGGGAUGGAAGGAGUGGGUCGCCAUGGUGAAAAAUUCGCACUUCUACAACUACACCCUGUGCAGGAACGGCGUCCGAGAGAAACACGGCUUUGACUACUCGAAGGACUACCUCACAGAUCUCAUAACCAACGACAGCAUCAGUUACUUCCGCAUGUCCAAGAAGAUCUACCCUCACAGACCCGUCUUGAUGGUGAUCAGUCACGCUGCCCCACAUGGCCCGGAGGAUGCGGCCCCUCAGUACACCACUGCCUUCCCUAAUGCCUCACAGCACAUAACGCCCAGUUAUAACUAUGCCCCUAAUCCGGACAAACACUGGAUCAUGCGCUACACCGGCCCCAUGAAGCCUAUUCAUAUGGAGUUCACCAACAUGCUGCAGAGGAAGAGACUGCAAACGCUGCUGUCUGUGGAUGACAGUGUGGAGAAGAUUUAUAACAUGUUGGUGGACACUGGGGAGCUGGACAACACAUAUGUGAUCUACACGGCUGAUCACGGUUAUCACAUCGGUCAGUUUGGACUGGUCAAGGGCAAAUCUAUGCCUUAUGAAUUCGACAUCAGAGUUCCCUUCUACAUCCGUGGCCCGAAUGUGGAGGCAGGAGGCAGCAACCCCCACAUCGUGUUGAAUAUUGACUUGGCCCCCACCAUCCUGGACAUUGCUGGGAUGGACAUUCCACCAGACAUGGAUGGCAAGUCCAUCCUCAAACUCCUGGACACUGAUCGUGUCAUGAACAGGUUCCAGUUCAACAAGAAAGGAAAAGUGUGGAGGGACUCGUUCCUGGUGGAGAGGGGGAAACUGCUCCAUAAAGUGUUGAAUGAUGGGAAAGACCUGGCUGAGGAGGAGAACUACCUCCCCAAAUACCAACGUGUGAAAGACCUGUGCCAUCGCGCCGAGUACCAGACGCCAUGUGAACAGAUCGGUCAGAAGUGGCAGUGUGUGGAAGACGCCACAGGGAAGCUGAGAUUAUCUAAAUGCAAAGGAAUGGCCAGUCUGUCCACCGUGAGCAAGCCGUCUGUAACCAGCUUAAAAUCACAGAUGUACCUUCAGAGCAUGAGCGCUGAUGUCAGUGUGAACACUGAGCCUCAAGGCUGCAACUGUGAGCCCAAAACUUACAGACUAAGCACAUUCUCAAAGAGUAAACUGUUCUCCAAAAAGAAACUGAAAUCAUUGAAGAGCUACUCUAGGAACCGCUAUGCCCGUGCUGUCUCCAUGGAGAUGGGGGGAGAUCUGUAUGCAGUGGACCUGCAUCAUGAAUACAGACCCACGGGUGCCAGGAACCUCAGCAUUGGACAGAGCCCAGCAGAUGAGGGCGAGUUCAGUGGUAUGGGACCUACUGCUGUCAGCCAGACCAGUAACAGUCUGAGUGUGCCCUCCUCUAUUAAAGUCACUCACAGGUGUUCCAUUUUGGCCAAUGAAACUGUGAAAUGUGAUGUUGGUCUGUACAAAUCACUGCAAGCAUGGAAGGACCACAAGCUCCAUAUCGACCAUGAAAUCGAAACACUCCAGACAAAGAUCAAUAACCUGCGUGAGGUCAGAGGUCACCUGAAAAAGGCACGGCCUGGGGAAUGUGACUGCAGCAAAUACUUUUACAAGUCCAAAUACAAGAGUAAACUGAGAAAAUACAAAACAGGAAGUGUCCAUCCAUUCAGGAAAGGGCAGGAAAAGGACAAGAAGGCCUGGAUAUUGAUGGAACAAAAGCGCAAGAAGAAACUGAGGAAGCUGUUGAAGCGUUUGCGUAACAAUGACACCUGCAGCAUGCCUGGCCUCACCUGCUUCACACAUGACAACCAGCACUGGCAGACUGCACCAUUCUGGACAUUGGGGCCAUUUUGUGCAUGCACCAGUGCCAAUAACAACACCUACUGGUGCAUGAGGACAAUUAAUGAGACACACAACUUCCUUUUCUGUGAAUUUGCCACUGGAUUUCUGGAGUACUUUGACAUCAACACAGAUCCUUAUCAGUUGGUGAAUGCAGUGAACACUCUGGACCGGUAUGUGCUUAAUCAACUGCAUGUUCAGCUCAUGGAGCUCAGAGGCUGUAAAGGCCACAAGCAGUGUAACCCCCGCACACGCAACCUGGAGAUCGAGGACAAAUUUGGGAAGGAUGGGAAGGUUAAGUCCCAGAAGGAGGAAGUCCCGGAAGACACUGACCUGUUUCCCGGGGAGUCGAACUGGUCGGAACUUGAACCUUUGUACAGACUUGAUGAGCACGCCUAUGAUCUCAAACUCAACUUCACCCUCAGCCUGGAGGACUGGACUCAUUUCAGUCGCUCCGUGGACCACAUGUUCACCCUCCUCAGCAACGACAACCAGCCCUACUCUCCACCCCACCCAAUGGAGGGAGAGACAGGACGAGGCCACGCCCUGGUGUCUUCUUCCAGCCAAUCUGCCUCAGCCAUCUACCUGACCACUCUGGCAACGCCUGCUCUUUUAUUAAAGGAGGCAGGUGCUGAGGUUUUGAGAGAUGCUUUGGGGCUUAAUCAGGGGGGACGCCCCUCUUCUUCUUAUUUUUCUUCAUCAUCAUCACAUCCCCUGCCACCUGUCCAGUCGGAGGUGGCUCGUCCCAAGCUCCUAAAUGAACUGAAAGGGGACAGACAAAGAGAAGGUUUGGAGACAGAGGGGAGGGACAGUGAUGAGGAGGAAGAGGCGGAGCUUAUUAACAGGAGACGGACAGGAAAGUUACGCUCCACCCACUGUGACUGCAAUGAUAUUUUGGAGGCAACGGUUUGACUCUCGUUUAGCGUUCCUCUCUCUGAUACCCUCCCUCCUCAGACAGACAUCUGAAAAGACUUUUUCAAUAGUGAAGAAAUGGAAGGUUUAAUGCCAGCCUACAAUCCUUCUGUUUGUUUUUCUCUUUCAUUAUAUUCCCUCACUCCAUUUCCUCUGUUACCUCCGUUAUUUCCAACCGGCCUCGGAAGCGCGGCUACUGGUCAGUCCAUUUUCCCAAAACUGGCUAUGAGAUCAACUAGGCUUUGAAUAGAACACGUCUUUUUAUAUUUUAACUUAGAAAGAAUUCUCACUCUGUUAUUAUUCCUAUAUCUUUUUCGAAGUGGGAUUUGGGAGAGGGUGGGGGUUAAGGCGCCUUUUCAUUGUCUCCGACACUUGCAUACAUCUGUCAUAUUUGCCCACUAGUGGCAGAUGUGAUGAACUUUCAAUUCGGUCGUAACGGAGUAAUGGAUUGUAUUUGUUGCAAGGAAGAAGGCACUCAUGAAUCACGAUGUCAGAGCACCCGGAAUUGAGACAUAUAGAAAAUAGGGCUGUUAAUCGAUUAACAUUUUACAUGACAUGCCGAUUAAUUAAUCGCAAUUAAUCGCGUUUAUCAAUAUUUGCUGAAAAGUUCCCCAAAUAAAGAUAAUUAAAAAAUAACUAAAACAUAAUAAUUCAAAUUAUUAUAAAUAUUAGCCUAUAUAUAAUUAAUAUGAUAAUUCAGAUUGAAAUGUUGAAAUGCAUUAUUGGCUUGGCAAUACAAAAAGUAGCUUUGGAAGUCAAUUAUAUUGUUUGUUUUAUCCUCACAUCAUUGAACAUAAGUAUAGAGUCGACAGCAAUUCAUUUUGCAUUUGAGUUCAUCAGUUUGUCCUGUUCUCACGGACACGUUCUUGCGUUCUGCUAUUUUUUUGUUAAUUGUCGAUCUAUGUACAUGUGCAUCAGACGGACGGAUGUUUCAACUUUAAAAUAAGUUGAAACAUUGAAAAUCAAGUCUCAACAUCCCUACAUUCUGUUGUUUCAUCUAGUUGUCAAGAACCCGUCAUGUGUGACCAGCUCUUAUUCUGUGGCUGCGCUGCUUGUGUGGUUUGUUGAGGCGCGCUGACUGCCCACUGCUAACGCACCUCGUAAAAACUUAGUUACAUGUACUUCAUGCUUGAUUUUCUCCGAUGGUAAGAAAAUACAUACUUUUAUUACGGAAUUUAUGUAUAGGUCAGGGGGCAGGCAUGAAUUUUUAUAAUGCGUUAUUUUUUAUUUAAUUAUUUGCAAUAAACAUAUUUAAUCAACAGCCCUUUUAAAAAAUGUAAAUGAAAAUUAAAGUUAGAAAGGUCUUUGGUUACACACGCGCUACGUCUCCGCGGUAACGUGCUCAACAAGCCACGUGAUAAGAUGCGCGGAUUGACGGUCUCAGACGCGGAGGCAACUGAGAUUCAACCUCCACCACCCGGAUUGAGGCAAGUCACUACGCCAUCACGAGGACUAAGAGCGCAUUGGGAAUUGGGCAUUCCAAAAGGGGAGAAAAGGGGAGAAAAAAAAAACUAAAAAGGUUGUUGGUUUUGUGCGUUUGUUUUCUACCAAGUCUCAGAAUAACAUUACUGUGUGUGAUUUUGUUGAGCACAUGGCAAAAUUAAAUUACAUUAAUUAAUGUUCACUUAGUAUUUUAUUAUUGUUAUUAUUAUUAUUAAUAAUAAUAAUAAUAAUAAUAAUAAUAAAGCUGUUAUUGUAGUUAUUAUGAUAAUUAAUAAUAAUAAUAAUUCAGCAAGUAGGGAGUACAAUUUCAUGAAUGUAAUUUAAACAUAGUUUUACAUGUCUAGAAAUAAAUAACACAUGCACACGUUUAUUCACACAUUUAAUUACAAAUGCCUUGUGAUAUAUUUGCAACAUAAAUUAUCCUUUCUGAAUCCUUCAUAACUGCCCAUUCUACCGCAUUUGCAGGCGUUUAGAACAAGGUUUGGGACAAAAAAACAUUAAUAUUUCUCACUCACGCUCACAGUCUAGUCGCACAAGUUGAAAUAUUUCAACCCCUCCGAAGCUCAAAUCGGAUCUGAAAAUUCCACAUCCACAGAUGGUCGGAACUCAGCGCAGUCCCUGUGCGACUCUCCUUUGGAAAUGACAGACUUCCAUUCUAUCGUCUGCUCUGUUGUUUGUCGGAUGCGGUGAAAAGGCGGAUUGGUAUUCAUUGCAGGAGAAACAUAGUAAACCUAUGUUGAAUAACAAGGAAUGAGUUGUUGAGUCAAGUUUGAACUCUGUUUUGUACCAUAAUCCUUGAUAGCUGCUUCUCCAUUGCUUGGUGUCUCUUGAAUGUUUGUCUCUAUUCGAAGGUGUCUCCCUCUGUGGGACAUUGUCAUAUACGUACAGAUUUACAACUUCGCUAAACAACACCUCAAAAUACUGUUGAUCAAUGGUGAAUGUGUGCGUUCGUUCGUGUGUGUGUGUGUGUGUGUGUGUGUGCAGGGGUGCCAUGAACAGUUUUAAAGAGGGUAUGCAAGACAGAAUUAUGGGCCCCCUCCUUUCAGAUGAAUAUUUUUUUUCUUUUGACUUGGGGAUUUUUGUAAGAAAAGAAAAUUAUUUUUAGAGAAAUGAGAUUCAUUGCUAUUAUACAACAAUAGGCUACUUGAUACUGCGUUGAUGCAAAUAGCAUACAAGAGUCUCACGCUAUGAUAUAUUGUCUUUUAAUUCAAGAGUAAACACUCCCAUCAUUACAAAAAUAUCAUAACCAUUUUCCUUCUUAUUUUCAAGAAGACAUUGCAUUCCAGAAGGCAGUAAAAAUAAAGAAAUAUCAAACAUAUCAAAGUGGCUGAACACUGCAACAAGCUUCUAAACACACAAGUGGAAUAACUUAUCGCUGCAGAGCUGCAAAUUUAACCAGUCUUAUAUACACUAUCUAGACAAACCUCAUUCUUUACAUGGCCAGAAGGGCAAAAAAAGAACAUGGAAAUAUAUUUAGCAGGGGUAAAGGAGAUUGCUUCUUGUCUUAAACCUUUAAGCCAUAAAAAAAGCAACUCACGAUUAAAUUCAGACAUGUCUUUCAUGCUUGCCCAUUUGCCCAUUUCCUCAAAUGGUAUGGAUCGUGCAACUUUGUGCUCUAUUGAAAUGACUGCCAGAUGCGGUAAUCGGUCUUGGUCCAUUGUAGAUCGCAGAUCAUUUUUUAUGAGUUUCAGUUUACUGAGAGAACUCUCUGCAGAGGCCACUGCAUAGUAAGGAACACUUUUAAUGCAAAAACAAAAUUUGGGAAUACUGAUUCAAGGUUUCUCUCAAGUAUAAAUUUCAGUUUCAAAUAGUUCAAGACUGCUUGCACUAUAGACUUCUUGAAUUACGUCUUUCGACACAUCCCAUGUGGCAGCAUAGCACCUUGCGGUCUCUUCUAAAUCCUCCUCUGACAUUUCAUUCAUUUGCAGAAUGAAACUAAAUUUAUCUGAAAUCUGCCUCAGAUUGUCAAAUCUGGUGUUAAGUUCACUGCUUAUGGUGUCAACGAUUACAAAAAACACUGUUUGUUUGAAAUGGAGUUGGGCGUCCUGGUCCCAUGAAUGAUUAGGUUUACCAUUGCUCACUUCAUCAUGAAAUGUUUUGCGCUUUGUUGCAUUUCUGUAUGAACUCUUCUCUGUAGAAGCAUCAAAUUUAGUUGCUAGCAGAUGAGCAAUUGAUGCAGCUUUUUCAAAUCCAUCCUGUCUGUACUGGGAGAAGAAAUUUUCAGACUGUCAAUCAACAAAACAGCUGUAUCCAGCGAAAUCUCGGCAGACUGCAUGGCGAUGCUGGCAUGUGUGAUUUCUAUCAGCAUGUUAUUCCAAAAAACAAGACAAGUCAUAAAUUCCAUUCUCUGUAUUUCAGUAGACAGUGCAUGUGCUACUGAAGAAAUUUUGCCAUUCUUAGAUUCAUGCUCAAGAUUUUCCAAUAUGUCAAGUACGCCACCGAGCAGAUACCCCAUCUCGUAUCGCUGAGGGUUUUUAAUGUUAUGUCAACAAACUGUUUCAGAAUGUCACAGCAUUUCACUGAUGAUGCAAACAUAGUGUACAGUCUUUGAACAGUUCAGAAAAAAUUCAAACACUAGUUGAAGAGGCUGUAUCACACAAUAGAAAAUUAAGGCUGUUGCUCGCACAUGGCAUAAACAAUGCAUCUGGAUUCUUUUCCAGAAUCAAAGCUUGUACCCCUCAGUGAAUCCCUCUCAUAUUUGAUCCGUUAUCAUAACUUUGACCCUGACAAUUCAAUAGGUCAGUCCCUAGGUUUUCCAGUGUGGCAAUUAAAAUCUCUGUAAGCCCUUGACCUGUUGUGUCAUUAACUGUGCUGAAUCCCACAAAUGAUUCCUCUACAUUAGCCACUUUGUUCAAUGUCAACAUCUUGAAUUAUGAUUGAGGCUUGCUCUUGCUUGGAUACGUCGGGUGUGCAAUCAAAUUCAACAGCAUAAUAUUUAGCAUCUGUGACUUGUUUACUGAUUUUAUGUAACACACAGUCUGCAAUGGAUUUUAUGAAUUGAUUUUGUGUACACCAACUUAAAUAUGAAGUACACUUUUUUUUUCUGUCUAUAUUUUUUGCACAUGUUGAACCAUGACAGUGUCAUAAUGGGCUAAAAGUUAAAUUAAUCCAAGGAAGUUUCCAUUUCUUGGAUUUCCAAUCAGGGCAUUUUUACAUCAUAAAGGUAAGUUCCUCUCUGCAAGGAACAAAAUGCAGGUUGACCAUCCUGGUCAGCACUUGCUUCCGUCAUGACUUUUAUUCAGUCGCAGUUUGUAGUUGAUUGUCAAUGCAUUUUCCCAAUCUUAACCUAGUUUCAAGUUCUUUCUAUGCAAGGUAAGCGUCAAUAUGGUUGUGCCCUGUUUCGUGUUGCUGUAAUGUACUUAACAGACAUCGGCAGUUACUGUAUCCUUUCACGAAGUGGCUGUUGUGUGCUUUUCUCCAUCGAAAACUUUGCACGCAAAGCAGUAUACUUUGUUUGCUUUAUGGAAAACAUCAACCAGUCCCAUUCCACUCGUUCCCCAUUUGAUAAUCGUCUAUAGCAGUAGGCUUUUGAAAAACUUUCUGUCCUGUGAUCUUGGGAAUGGACCAUCAGUGCAUUUUGGAGGACCAUUCUCAGUCAGCAUCAUACGGAAUGAAUCAGUGACUUUACCUGGGCAAGGCCAGUUUGAGGGAUCUAGGUCAUGAUCGAGCAACACCUCGAUAUUUACAUUCUCUGCUUCUUUACUGUUCCUCGCUAUCAUCAAUGACACUGGUGGUGGGCGUGCUUGGUCUACUGACGGGCUGUCCUGCUUCACUCUCACCGACAAUUUGUAUACCUUGCAUAUUAGCACCUUCAGUGUCAAAGACUGUGGCCUCCCACUCGCUAGCCUGUAGUCCUGUCUCCCUGAGGUCGUAAUCGCUGGUGCUGCUGGUGACUUGAAUGCUGUUCUGUCGUACUGUUUCGUCGCUGCAGAUUGUUGCUUGUUUAUUCUGAUUUUGAAAGACCCAAUUUGUAAGGGAAUUUUUCAUCCCUUUUCACCUCUUCAUCCCUACUUUUUUCCGUUUUCACUUUUGGGCACCCAACAAGUGCCUCUUUCCAUCCAUCAUGUUCUUCUUCGCGUCGUUACCGUAUGUUGAAGUGACGGGAAAGCGGGUUCACUCUCACUUAACACUUUCUAUAAUUUACAGAUUUUAAUUGUAUUUUACUACACUAUUAAUGGUUAAAAUGUGUUUGUGUAUAUAAGAUUUUUUUUUUAAAUAAUAAAAAAAAAAAAAAUUUAAAAAUUAUUCCAAAGUGGUGAAUUGGGGCCCCCUAGCAUCCUGGUAGCAUCCUACUCUGCACCCCCCAUAACGGCGCCUGUGUGUGUGCGUGCGUGCGUUCGUGCGUGCGUGCGUGCGUGCAAAAAUGGAGCUUCUGAUUUUAAUGUAUGUUGCAAGUUCAAUUGGUUUACACUUGAAUAUUGGCAUUUUUAUAUAUACAGAGAGAGAGAGAGAGAGAGAGAGAGAGAGAGAGAGCAAAUAUUGUGACACAUCUUGUGUCUUUGCUGCUUGUUGCAGUAUUAUGAAUUAAACCAACAAAACACUUGAUACAAAACAAUUUUAAUUUGAUGUAUCGGUCAUUCAAUCCCAUAAUCUGUGUUUGACUGAUAAAAAUGUGGUAUGUUGACCCCCUAGCACAUGAAAAAGAAGAUUUGAUGUAUUGAUCAUGCCGCCAUAUUUGCUUGUUUUACAAUUUGCUAUACACAAGGCUACUUAUAUCAGAGCAAAUAUAUGAAAUGGAUGUAUGUAUUUUAAUGUGUGUUUUCAAUUCAUGUAAAUGGUUAAAGUAUAUUUUUUAUUAUACAUUUGAAAUUAAACCGACCGCCAGGCAUAAAUAUAUCAAUCCAGCUUUUUCUAUUCUGUCUUUUUCCGGCAAUAUUUUUGUCAUUGCUUAAAUUAUUCACACGACUAUCCAAUGUAUAUGAUUAUUAGCUGUUUCGAGACCAGUUUGGCUUCUAAAAUGAUUAUGACUGAGAUUAUAAUGUGCAAGAGGUAAUCUGAUCCUAGAUCAGUCCACUUACUCUGGGAUACUUUGUUAGUACAGGUCAUUGUGUUUGUGGACAUUGUUUAUUUACUGAGGACAGUGUAGAGGCAAUGUCAAUCUGAGUCUCUAUUCUCUUAUUUCACCCUUCCUCUCAACACUCAUGGCUGUACUAAAAGCAGUUUUAUCUAAGAUUGUGUAUGGUUGAUUUGAAACAAUUCUAAUUACUGUGUUGGAAUUGGAGGGUAGGAGACAAGUCUGAAAGAGAGUGAAAACUUUUGCUUUAGCACUUUUAAAGGGAUGGCUGUUUUUGAAAUACAUUUUAAAAGAGAUGAGAUGGUUUUAACAAAGUCUUGUACAGUUUAAUAGAUUUAUCAUACUGUACCUAUAUUUUGUUUUGGUUUACCAGUGAACAUUUGAUAGUGCUCAUUACUUUGUGAAUAAAGUGUUGAAUGCCCAA